UGUUUUCUUUCCUCCAGUCGCGGGGCUGCGGGCGGAGCGCGAUGCGCGGAGACCCCCGCGGGGGCGGCGGCGGCCGCGAGCCCCGAUGAGGCCCGAGCGCUCCCGGCCGCGCCGCAGCGCCUCCGGCGCGAUGGAGGCCCCGCCGUGGGACCCCCUCCGCAACGACUCGCUGCCGCCCACGCUGACCCCGGCCGUGCCCCCCUACGUGAAGCUCGGCCUCACCAUCGUCUACACUGUGUUCUACUCGCUGCUUUUCGUGUUCAUCUACGUGCAGCUCUGGCUGGUGCUGCGCUACCGCCACAAGCGGCUCAGCUACCAGAGCGUCUUCCUUUUCCUCUGCCUCUUCUGGGCCUCUCUGCGGACGGUCCUCUUCUCCUUCUACUUCAAAGACUUCGUGGCGGCCAACGCGCUCAGCCCCUUCGUCUUCUGGCUGCUCUAUUGCUUCCCCGUGUGCCUCCAAUUCUUCACCCUCACGCUGAUGAACUUGUAUUUCACGCAGGUGAUUUUCAAAGCCAAGUCAAAAUAUUCUCCAGAAUUACUCAAAUACCGGUUACCCCUCUACCUGGCCUCGCUCUUCAUCAGCCUCGUUUUCCUGUUGGUGAAUUUAACCUGUGCCCUGUUGGUGAAGACAGGACAUUGGGAGAGGAAGGUGAUCGUCUCCGUGCGUGUGGCCAUUAAUGACACACUCUUCGUGCUGUGUGCCAUCUCUCUCUCCAUCUGUCUCUACAAAAUUUCUAAGAUGUCCUUAGCCAACAUUUACUUGGAGUCUAAGGGCUCCUCCGUGUGUCAAGUGACUGCCAUCGGUGUGACCGUCAUCCUGCUUUACGCCUCCCGAGCCUGCUACAACCUGUUCAUCUUAUCCUUUUCUCAGAGCAGCAAUGUCCACUCCUUUGAUUAUGACUGGUAUAAUGUGUCAGACCAGGCAGAUCUGAAGAAUCAGCUGGGAGAUGCCGGAUAUGUAGUCUUUGGAGUGGUCCUUUUUGUGUGGGAACUCUUACCUACCACCUUAGUAGUUUACUUCUUCCGAGUUAGAAAUCCUACAAAGGACCUUACCAACCCUGGAAUGGUCCCCAGCCAUGGAUUCAGUCCCAGAUCUUAUUUCUUUGACAACCCUCGAAGAUAUGACAGUGAUGAUGACCUCGCCUGGAACAUUGCCCCUCAGGGACUUCAGGGAAGUUUUGCUCCAGACUACUAUGAUUGGGGACAACAAACUAACAGCUUCCUGGCACAAGUAGGAACUUUACAACCAGACUCAAUUUCGGAUCCUGACAAACCAAGCCAUGGGUAGCAUCGUUGGAGUUUUAUGGAAGAUUCAUCAGUUGAAAAGCUUCAGAAAGACUAACUUAAUGACAGCGGAAUUUUUAGGGCACUUUUCCUUAAGAAAUAGGACUUGAUUUUUAUUUGUUACAGGUCUCUAAUGGCUCCGUAGGACUAAGCAAUAAUUUAGAUUGAUAAAACCUUAUUUUAGUACUAAAACGUGAGCCUGGCUGCCUAUUUCAGUGGGUGUAAUUUAACUUUAAAAAAAUCUGUACUUUUAUAAAGAUGUAUUUUAUAUAACUUAAAUAAUAAUGCUAAAAUAUCCUCGGG